AUGGUGAUGUCCCAGGGCACCUACACGUUCCUCACGUGCUUCGCCGGCUUCUGGCUCAUCUGGGGUCUCAUCGUCCUGCUCUGCUGCUUCUGCAGCUUCCUGCGCCGCCGCCUCAAACGGCGCCAGGAGGAGCGACUGAGGGAGCAGAACCUGCGUGCUCUGGAGCUGGAGCCCCUCGAGCUUGAGGGCAGCCUGGCUGGAAGUCCUCCCGGCCUGGCGCCGCCGCCACCACCGCACCGCAGCCGUCUGGAGGCGCCUGUGCACGCGCACUCGCACGUGCACGUGCACCCGCUGCUGCACCACGGGCCCGCGCAGCCGCACGCGCACCCGCACCCACACCAUCACGCACUGCCGCACCCACCGCCACCGCACCUCUCCGUGCCGCCUCGGCCCUGGAGCUACCCGCGCCAAGCGGAAUCGGACAUGUCUAAGCCGCCGUGCUACGAGGAGGCGGUGCUGAUGGCCGAGCCGCCGCCGCCCUACAGCGAGGUGCUCACGGACACUCGCGGGCUCUACCGCAAGAUCGUCACGCCCUUUCUGAGCCGCCGCGACAGCGCGGAGAAGCAGGAGCAGCCGCCUCCGAGUUACAAGCCUCUCUUCCUGGACCGGGGCUAUACUUCGGCGCUGCAUCUUCCCAGUGCCCCGCGACCCGCCGCCCCCUGCCCUGCCCUCUGUCUGCAGUCUGACCGCAGCCGCCGGGUCUUCCCCAGCUGGACCGACUCAGAGCUCAGCAGCCGCGAGCCCCUAGAGCACGGAGCUUGGCGUCUGCCCGUCUCCAUCCCCUUGUUCGGGAGGACUACAGCCGUAUAGAGGGGCGCCCGGCGUCCCGAGCCCCACAGGCGAACUCCUAGCCUGACUGCGAGGCUUUUUAAAUGCUUCCCUUGGACUGCAGGGAGGGGUGGGGGGAGGGUGGGAUUUCUUACCCUGUUUGUUACAUUUUGAGGAUAAUAAAGGUGUGUGAUCUGCUUUGGUACA